AUGAGUGCAAAGAAGCCGUAUGUACAAGUUUUUGGAAGAAAGGUAUGGCUUCUUAUACUAUUUACUUUGCAAAUAGAAAACGGCCACAGCCGUUGCUCAUUGUAAGGCGGGCAGCGGUAUGAUUCGUGUUAACGGUCGCCCGCUGGAACUUCUGCAACCGAAGCCUCUUCUGCCAAAGGUCCUGGAACCUAUUAGUCUUAUCGGGGAAGAUCGUUUUAGUCGUCUGGACAUAAGAAUUCGAGUUAGUGGUGGUGGCCGCGUUGCUCAGAUCUACGCUGUCCGUCAGGCCCUAGCAAAGGCCGUGAUUGCUUUCCAUCAGAAAUUUGUAGACGAGUACUCGCGCAAGAUGUUCAAAGACACCCUCACGCUCUUCGACAAGACGCUUGUUGUUGCUGACCCGAGGCGGUGCGAGCCAAAGAAGUUUGGUGGACCUGGUGCUCGUGCACGAUACCAGAAAUCAUACCGUUAA